AGGAACUUUCUUCGUGAAAAACUGGACGCAAAAAACCUAUCCGCAUAAUCAUGUCUCUUGGGAAGUCAGAUCAGACAGCUUGGCAUUUUGUGACCGACUUCUGCAGUUACCCGAAGCAAUAAAACGAUCACUUUACAAGCAUCUGUGCUAGAGGUUUAAAUUCUUCACAUAUCUGAGUUGCUUGUUCGAGCUUAUCAUAAAAGGCAGAUAUUAAUCUUCGUUCUUUACGGAUCAAAUCAAGACUGUGAAAAGGACUCAGCAGUAGUAUCAUUGCUUUCCUAAGAAUUUCUUACAUGAAGUAGGGAGAAAAGGUUGCUCCUACAGAGGGCGUAAGUUGAUUUUUAAACAACGUUUCGGCGUUGCUACACGAUCAAGAUAGAAUUCUCUGGGGAAUUUCAAGUUUGAAUUCAAGUGAAAGGAAGCUAACUAUGGAAAAGAGCGCUGCAACAUCUCUUUUGGAUAUAUUUUGCUAUACCACAGAAGACAAUAUUUGAAGCCUUUUAGACUUACUUACAUCUUAACUCUAAAGUGAUUGGCAGCAACUUUAACUAUGAAUCUCAACACUUCGAACUACUCUGCAGCAGCAGUUGAUGACGAAUUGUAUCACAGAAAUUUCCUCAUCUAUUCUCGCUUCUGGGUUCAGCGAAUUUUAGUCCCUUCGAUAAUGACAAUCGGUAUUAUUGGAAACGUCAUUACUAUUGUGAUUAUGACUCGUCGUCGUAUGAGAAGCUCUACUAAUAACUACCUUGCUGCUCUCGCAAUCUUUGAUAUGAUGUACUUGAUAUUUACUUUCAUAUUAUCUUUGAGUCAUUAUCCCAGGAUACCUGAUAGUGACCAUUAUAUAUAUUGGAGAUUACGGCCUUUCAUUCUCAUGAUUACAGAUACUUGCAGCAAUACGUCUGUUUGGCUUACUGUAACAUUUACUGUAGAAAGGUACAUAGCAGUUUGUCAUCCUAUGAAAGGGAAGGUUUUCUGCACUGAAUCCAGAGCAAAGAAAGCCAUCGUUGCUGUAUUCUUGUUUUGCUUCGCAUUUACCAUUCCUACACCUUUCGAAUGGAAAGUAAUGGAAAAAGUGGAUUCGGAAACGAACCAUACUACGUUAUACUUAGAUCAUUCGGAUAUGGGGAAAAAUUAUUUGUACAAAACCAUAUAUUAUUGGUUAACAGUGGUCUUUUUCAUAUUUGUUCCUUUCAUUUUGCUAGCCAUUUUCAACAGUUUCUUGAUAAGAUCUGUUCAUUUAUCCAAGGUGCAAAGAUCAUCUAUGACUAGAGGAGAAAACAGCGACAGUAGCCAAGAAAAUAAAAUCACAAUUAUGCUCAUUGCUGUCGUUAUUUUGUUCUUUAUUUGCCAGCUACCAACUGCGUGUCAUCUUCUAUAUAGCACACUUCACGAGAACCUCGACUCUAAACAGAUAUAUCUCCUCCGAGGCCUCGGGAAUAUUUUUAAUUUCUUGAUGUCCUUGAAUGCAGCAGGGAAUUUCGUUCUUUACUGCUUGCUCAGUCAGAAAUAUCGAAGGACAUUUGUGAAGAUAUUUUGCCCAUGUAUACAAGAUAAGCGUAACAACAUGAAUUCCAUGUACUAUCAAAGCACAGUUGUUAGCAAUGUCGACACCGAUAGCCCAGGAAGUAGUGCUAGUAGGAGAUUAAGCAGUACACGUAUGAGUAGGCUCAGUUCUCCAAAGGGUAGCAGCUUUGAUGUUAGCCAGUCAAGACAUGGUAGUCCUGUGGGUAGUGCAAAAGCAGUUUUCUUGCAGGUUCCUAAAAGUUCUGCUAGUAAAGUGGUAUAUGAUGAUGAAGACGUUGAUAGUAUGGCCGAAGGAUCUAGUCAAAGCCAUAGUACUUGCGCACCCUUGAGAAAAAUUAUCAGGAGCCCGUGGAAACAUUUCAAAAGAUCAAUGGGAAUAAACGAAAAGAAAACAAGAGAGCAAAUUAUUCCUCUGAAAGGUGGAGGUAACAAAUGUAUAGUCAUAACUGCUCCAGAAGGUAUACCAGAUACAUCUCCUUGGAAGAGCUCCAAUUCGACAGUAUAGAUUUGAACGAAACGUAUUACAAGUUAGUUCCUUAGUAGGAUGGACAAAUUAAAUUCCACACGGUAUGUCGAAAAAUAAGAGAUUAAAUUUCAAAACAAAGAUACUCGUACGUACGUGAUUUAUGCCAAAAUGUAUUUCAAAAUAAGAAAUUAAUGAGGUGCAGCAAAACUUUGAUUGACUUAUUAGUCUAUUUGUGUGAAUAAAUAUUGUGAGAAUCAGAAACCUCUGCAUUUGAACUGGCUGCAUAAACUCAAAUGAUCUGAUAAACAUUAUACAUUAUUUUGUGCUUCCUGAAUGCCUAUGGACCUGAUACAUUUCUCAUAAUAUAUGAGAAAUGAAAUUAGAUAAUUAGUUACACAUUAUUUGUCUGUGAAAAAUAUUCGGUUUCAGAGUAUUCUGUAAAUUGUCAUUAAAUAUACAUAAGAAGAGCGUAUACAUCACAAAAUUUAAAUGUAUUAAUAUUGGCAACAGAUCUUGAGAGGUAACUUGUAAUUUUAGAAAAAUCUUGGGCUUUUAUUUUAUUUUCAAAAUGUUUCAGUUUCAUGAAGAUUAAUUAAACAAAUGUUUAAUUUUAUGACUGCAUUUCAAAUGCAUGUUUCUAUUUUACCAAAUCUGCACUUGGAUUCUAUUCAAUUCUUAUCGACACCAUAUUUUGGUAAACAUAUCGAAAUACAUAUUUCGCGUGCAUUCAAUAACGUUCUGACACAGGUAUUCCACGCUUUACGGAAGACUUAGCUUAUUUUCACGAAGGGUUUAUUGAGCCUCGUCUGCUAAUUAAAAAACUACCGUUGUUAUUUUUAUAUAAAUAGGACAACAAAUGAAAUUAAUGUUAGUAAUUGAUUCAUGCAGCAGUUGUAAGAAACAUGCGUAAUAUUGGAUGAUAAAAAUUUAUGAUAAGUCUGGCAAGAUAAUUUGAGUGUUUGUAAUGAUUUGCAUGACAGAAAAGUUUUUUUUUUCAUGAAUCAAAGCAACCAUACAUACUGUUUCAAUCUUUGUUCAUCAGCCGCAGCGCGAAACAAAUUUCGCCUUUCGAUAACGAAGCAAAUAAGUAUAAAGGCUGGAAGCUGUAAAUUUGUGUGACUUGCCUGUAAUUGCAUUACUUGAUAGUUUGGAAGAACCAUGAAGUUUAAACAGAUGCUAAUCUUCCCCUUUCUUAAACCUGAGUCAUCAGUACUUCCCACAAUCGUAAAUUCAGCUAACUCAACAUCUAACUCUAUUAUGAUCGUAGCCUUCCAUAUACUGGAAUGUAAAAUUGGUAGAGAUGAAAAUAAUCCGAAGUUUUAUCGAUUCGGAAUAGUUUCUCGAAUCUAUCAAACCCUUUAUGUAAAAAUACUGAAAAGGAGAAAAUUUAAGGAAGAAAAAUUUACUUAUACCUGAAUUUUAUUACUAAAGUUGGAAUUUUCGUUUAAUGGAAAGCAAAUUCAUGAAUGUGGACUUUUAAACUACAUCUAUGUUAUUAAAUAGACUCAAAGGAAAUUAACAAAUAACGUGCAAAAUUUAAAUUUGUGAAUCCUGAGAUUCACUUUCUCAAAAUAUUUGACAUAUAACAAUUCAAACAUUUUACAAUUUUCCAGAAUAUUUUGAAAUCAUAAUAAGUUUAGAAAAGAGAGAACUAUACCGAGUGUUAAUAUGGAAAAAUACAAAAUAUGAAACGUUCAGUUCUCUACAGAAAAUUAAAAGUGCUGCACUGACAACUUUACUAAGGAAUAUUAAUGAACCAAGUUCACUGAAACUGCAACAAUCGCAUGUUUUUUUUAAUAAAAGCUCUUUGUGGCGUGAAUAAAUGAAAGAAUUAUUUUAUCAGCGUUAAAACUUCACAAUUUUUAAGUAGGAUUCGGAAGACUAGAAUGACGAAAGGCACAAAAAUUCCUUAUCAAGAUUCAUAGGGAUUCAAAACAUUUGUAUAAUCCAUAUCUAGAAAUUACCUUCUGUUCACACUGCUUCUAUUUUUUACAAAAGCUGCACAUUUAUCGUGUCAUUUUUGCUUUUACUAUAUGUUAAUUUUGGUUUAAACCUCAUGAUAUAUUUAUUAUAAUUGAACUGUUAUUAUUCUUGUACUAAAAACGGCCAUAAAUCAACAUUAUGUAAAUUGAUAAUAACUGCCUUUACGCUAUUUUAUCUCACGAAAGGAUUGAUAAGAGAGAUUAAACUUCGGAAACUGGAGAAUAAAAAUAUUUGUCCCAAAAUCCUAUCUAUAAUUCGAAAUCAAGUUUAUCAGUAAACUGUAAUGUAAUAUACUACUUAUAUGUUACGUCAUUGUUAAACAUAAAUAGUAUUUAAUGUACAAUGCACUCGAGGUUUCAAUCAAUAAAUAAUCAAUCAAUAAAUCAAUGCUAAGAGUUUCUCCAGAAAUGUGAUUAUACUAUUAAAGUCACUUGCCGCUUUGAUGACGUUAUAGUAUUAUUUCAUUUUUUUUUUUUUUUUUUUUGUAACUUGUAGUAUUUACGUAAGGGGAGAGUGUCUUCUUGAAGGCAUUGCAUUAUUUUUUACUUAAAAUUUGAUUUCAUUAAUAUGCAUCAUUAAUUAGUUCAUUAUAAUUUAUCAGGUUUAAAUAUUAUGAAUAAAGUGAAUGCAUAUUUUAUAAUAAAAUUUGUUGUUGAACAGCUGAAUAAACCCAACCUUUCAAUUUGCACGUAUUUACAAUUAAACAAUAAGAACCACAUACAAGGAUAUACAGUAGAACUCCAAUUAUUCGACUCAAUUGGGACCGGACUGCAUUCGGAUUAUAAAAAAUUCGGAUAACUGGAUUUUUUCCGAAGAUAGGGUUUACGUACACUUUUGUUAAUUACUGUAUGUACUGUAUGUUGAAAAUGGAGAAAAAAAACUAUUUUUAAACAAAAAGAGGUUUCUAAUCAAUGAAAAUGAAAAGGUAACACUUUUACUUACAUGUUAUAUAGCGUGCUGUGCAGUACUUACAAGUGCUGAAAGUCAUUGCUUGCUGAACAUCUCGGUCAAAGUAAGCUGUUUGACGGACACCGUGCCUACACGUAAAAUUUCUUAGCAAGGCUUUACAUGCUUUAAAGGAUGACCAGCCAAGCGUCUGAGCUAAGAUCUUAGCUUUUUCACUAAAAUUCGGACGCGAAAUUGGGUUUCCCAUAGGACGUUGCUGCAAAAACCACUUGAAAACGACAUCUUCUAAAUUUUUGUUUAUUACUGCCUUCACUGAUUUUUCUUGAAGAACUAACAUGUUCGUUUUCAAGCAGUGACGUGAAGUUUAAAAGUGUUAGCUUUGCUCCUUUUAAUGUCUUAAAUGGUUGAUUAUCCAACGCUAUGUUUCUGUCUUAUUUUUUUCUUAAAUUCUGAAAGCGAUGCAGAAAAUCGGCAAUUCGGAUAAUCAGAGUUCGGAUAAUUGGAGUUGUACUGUAAUUCCAAGUGCAUAACAAAAUGUCUGCAAACAUCCUACUUAAAGUGAAAGUAUAUAGAAAUGCUAUUGAGAGAAAAAUUAAUUAUUGAUUAUAACCUGCGGCUAAUAAGAAGUUUGCAUACGGAAACAAAGCAUCGGUAUAGAAAGAACCUUUAAUAUAUCUUGAAGUGACGUAAAAGAAUGGGAAUGGGAGAGAUAAUUUUUAUUAUCAACGGUUUAUUCAUCUAUUAUUCAUUGUGUUUUUCACUUUUGCAUUUUUCGCUUCAAGCUCCACAUUUGCUUUAUAUUCUAUUGGUUUCUUACUGCCGACCUUCGUAUGGAUAUUUCAAGCAAUUCAAAACUGUUUCAAAGUUUUAAUUACUUUGUUUAAAUUGUUUUAUCUCAUGAUGCUGCAUCAAAGGUUUUAUUUAUGUACAGAAGUGCUAGUUACUUUAGAGGUGAUUGUUCUACGGUAAAUAGUCACCGUAUUUGCUGUGUUUGUUUAAUUAAAGGUAAAUUAGGUACAGUAUUAAACUUUCUUUUCUUUUUGUUUUGUUUUUUUUUGUUUUUCUUUUUUUAUCUCUUCAGAUUUAAGUGCAAAAUAAGCAAAUAUUAUAUUAGUAAAUGUUACUCUUUAAAUUAGAUCACACUAAAGUAAAACAUUAUGCGAAAUGCGUAUUUAUUUUAUACAUACCUUCUUAUUAGAACUCUUUUUAUUUAAAUUUUGUAAAAAAAAUAAUAUUUAAUUACGUUAAUCGGGGACAUCAGCAACUAUGGAUUUUUUCAUUAUAUGGAUAUUUUUUUACAAUAGUUAAAUUGAAAAUAAGUGCACAUUUUAUAACAAGAGGAAGUGAUAUGAAUGUAUUAAUUUACGUAAAAGUAAUAAACAUAAGCAAAAGUAAUCAAAUGCAAAAAUAGUACCCAAGAUUAAUUAUCAAAUGCUGGGCAAAAAGAGCUGCUUAUAAAUAUUACAAGAAUACCUUAAAAAAGAACACUCAUUAUUCAGUUCAGUUAAUGAGUGUAGCGUAAAACAUACAGUACAUUUUUAUUACAUUUUUGCAUACUUGCAAACAGAAUAAAAAGUAAUAUGGGUUAUCCUCCCCAAGCACAUGUUUCAUCAAAACCGGCUUCUCUUAUUGCCUAGAUAAACGAGAUUUCUUGCAAAUGCAUAACAUUGUUAAGCAAAAAUGUUUUAAAAACAUGUUUAGGGGUAAUUUUAUCUGGCUUAAGGACAUUACGUGUUAUUAUUCUUGUUAUGUUAGAUUUAGUACUCAAAACGAGUUUAUUAAAAAUACAAAAGUCUGAUUUUGAAACCCGCUGAUUCUUUUUUACCAUUUCUAUCAAAAAAAUUUACCUUAAGAGACCCUUAAUUUAUUUCAAUAUAAUACAUAAAAAUAUGUAAUCCAGUUUAUGGAUUACUAGUUCCUAUGUUCAUACUUCUGCAAUCUGAUUGCUUAAUAAGAAAAAAUUGAGUUAAUAAAGAUAUUCAGGGCCUAACGAUUUCACCAAAUCUCAUAUGGAAUUUAUUAACUAUUAUUUAACUAAUUGGUAAAUUUUCGGUUCUCAGAUCAAGCUUACAUUUGUUAAAGAUUGUCAAGAAAAACUAUGAAGCAUAAUAUCAAGAACAGAAACGUUUCUUCUUGAUGACGUUCCUACAAUUCAAAAUAUUUCUUACCUUUGAACAAAUAUAUCAUAACCAUAUUCCAUAAUGUAAGAAUAUUUUUCCUAAUACUUUGUACAUAAGCAUUACAGAUUCCAAAUGUUCAUUCACUGACUGAUACACUUCACGAAGUGUAAGUACCACGUAUGUGUUCAUGUAUAAUCUAAGUUUAUGUUAAAUUUUCGAUUAUUCAUGAUAUUUUUUCAAGUGCAUAUAUAAAAGCUCAAUUUACAUAGGAAAGAUCUUUUUAUUUUUUUUCAUACUGCAAGUGGCACUCAUGAUUUAUCCGCUUCAGAGCAAUUUAUAUAAUUACAAACGACAUUUGUAAUUAUAUAAAUUGCCCUGAAGAAAAACCUGAAUACGUCUAAGGUGUAUUAAAUUGUACUGAAUAAAUAUGUUUUCUGUAAUUAUUAACCUAAGUUGAAGAAAUUAAGUUGAUUUCUAAAAUUGCAUGUGGUGUCGAAUUAAGUAUUGCAAUAAUUUAACUGCAGAUUUUCUUGAAAUAUUUAAAGAUCAUUUAACUCUUUUUACUUAUAAGAAUGUAUUUUUUUAAUAUUCAGAAAAAUUAGAUAGAGGGCAAAUUUUCAGAUGCAUUGAAUAGGAUUUGUCAACUAAAUUUUAUCUGCGUUAAUCGUGAAAUAUUUUAUCUAAGUGUAAUAGAAUUAUAAAGCAAAAUUCAUGGCUCUUCUAAAGAAAUGGUUUUAUUUGUAAAAUUAUGUAUUAUUUUCAUUAUUAUCUGGAUGCCUGAAAAUGUAAUUAUCAUACAUUUUAAUUGUAAUUCAUUAUUCAUGAAUUGUCAUUCAUUACUCUUAUAAAAUUCCUUGAAGUUAGAAAACUUAUGCAUUCAAUAUGGUUUAUCAAUUUCUAGUAGAAUUUACACCUUAAAAGUCAAGACGAAGUUUGAAUUUAUCCACUCUCUGAAAUCUGUAUUAGUAUUUCAUAAAUAAGUACAGUUUUAAAGCAAACGAAAAUUUUGUUUGAGAAAACUCAAGGCCAUGAUAUCUAAACAAAUGUUGCCAAAAAAACAUGUAUUGUACCUUUUUCAUGUAGCAAGAAUACAGAAGUUUAUUGUUCUUUGUCCAUGGUAAAAUCUCACCCUGGAAUAUGGCUAGUGCUGAUGAAAAUUUCUUGCAACAUAUAUAUAGUGCUGAUACGUAUGAACUGAUACGUAUGUAGAAAAUAUUUGCUGCUGUUUAUCCCAGACAAUGUAAAAUGUUUUACGCACAUAGCUAUAAGAGCUUCUAAACAUUCCAAUCUGAUCAAAUGCAUGUAACUAAGCCUUAUGACUGCACUUUAGUGCUAAGAGUAAUUCUGCUUGGUAGCAGUAAAUGAUGAAACAAUUUAUAAACUGCAAAAUAUCUAUCUACAGAUGACGUGGUGUUCAAUAAUUGUUAUGUGUAUAGAUUUUUAUGAUUUGUAUUGCAGUGAGAUGAACGAACAACUUGUUAAAACAUAAGUUUUUGUAGAAAGUUUUAUUCACUUUAGUCAAAAACGUUUUUUUAAUGUCAAAUUAUUUUUUUAAUGUUGCAGAGUGAAAUUAUUAUAUCUUGAAUUUGUAAAAUGAUUAAUUAUCAUAAAUAAAAUUUUAAUUCAUCGUAAAUCCAAUUAAAUUGUUAUUAUUAGCAGAGCAAUACCUAUUUACUUAAAAUCACACCUGACAUUUUGGUUUGUUAAUCUAUCAAAUAAUUUUAUCUAAAGUAUACCUUUCUCAGAGCACAAUGUAUUAAUGUUAGAAGAAGAAUUAAAUCAACUUACCCGUAAGAUGGAGAUAAGGCUAAUUAAAACUUUCCACACUUUGUAAAUAAAGAUGAGAAUUUUAUACACUGGAAAAUGUUCAAAGUUUUCUUGUCAGCCAUUCUUAUUUUCUGAUAUAUAACACGAAUAUUGACGGUUUAAUAACUUACAGCGAGAUAUAAAAUAAAAUAGCAUCCCAUUUACAAAGUCAUUACGCUUUGAGUGGAGUUUCUGUUUAAGUUUGCGUGAAGCAAGAUAGUAUAAAAAUAUUAAGUGAUAUUUAAGUAUUAGAUUUCAGUUUCUUGUAAACCUGCUGCCUUGGUAAAGUAAAUAAGAGUCACGUGAGCUGACAAAAAUGUAAAGUAAUUAGUUUCAUUAAUUUGGUUGCCGCAUAUUAAGAGUUCUAAGAUGAAUUCUUCAACAUCAAUGGGUAAAAAUAAAAAUGCAGUUUAUGAAUAACUUAUAACAAUCAAAUAUUAAAAAAAUAUGUAAACGUAAUAAACUGUUCAUCACAGUUGCAUGAGAAUUCAUAUCUGAAAAUAUUUCUUAAUCUGUAUCACUUACAAAUAUUAGUAAAUUCUCAUUGAUUUAACGUAAUCAUUUUAUGCUGCCACAGGUUUGUGUCUAUAUAAAUGUAAUUUAAUGUAUUAUAAUAAAAUAUUGCAAAUGCAUAUCAGAUGCAAUUAAAUGAUAUAUACUUUCAAAGAAAUAUUUUAUUGCUCUAACAGCUGCAAUAUGGUCCUUUUCUCGCCGUCUCUGUAUAUUUUCAACAGUCUAUGAAAAUGCACGUAUGUAGUGUGUUAGGAUCGCAAUUUUUAAACAUGAAAUUUGAAAUUAAAAUUACGUAUACAUACAUAUAUAUAUAUAUAUUCUUACUUAUAUCUAUUAACAUAUCUUUACAUGCACAUAAGGGCACAAAUAAACUCUUAUUUUAUUUCCUACUUGUAAUUCUUGUAAUUUGUGAACAGAUUAUAUGGUUAUUGGUCGUUACUGAAAUAUAAUAAAGUUAUGUUCUAGAAUAGCUACAGAUAAUAGCAACGUAUUUUCUGAUGAUUGUUGAUGCUUUUAUGUAAAUAUGUGAAUCGCAUUAAGCAUGAUAUUUUUAUUUUCUAGUAUUAGGUCUGAGUCUCAUAUACAUUUAUGUACAUAAUUAUGGCAGUUUUUGUGAGAAAUCAUAUGUAUUAUCCUGCAGAUAUACUUACAGGUUUAAUGCUAUAAUAAAUAUUCAUAAUGUAUAUAAUUGUUAACAUUUUAGACUUUUGUAAAUGGUGAAAUUUAUGUAAAGGUUGUGUAUAAAUAAUGGGCAAAUUUAUGAAAUUAAACGAACGAAUAAAGAUUAAUUAAGUUAUAAAAAUUUAUUUCAUAACAUAUAAGAUUUCGAGAAGCCAAUGAAACUACACUACUCAAAACAGAUAAAGGAUAAUAUGAUUUUGGAUAUAUACUGCGGAUAAGGAAAUGUUUUUGUGACUAAUAUAUGGGAUUUUAUAGGUGCUGUAAAAUAUAAGAAAAAAGAAAUAAGCAACGAACAAGGAAUAAUUGAAUUAUUUUAUUGACAACAUUCGUCAAUAAACAAUAUAAUACAAACACACAAAAAUGUUAUUUCUCCGAUGCAUAUUAUGAUUUUUUCAUAUUUUUUCAUAUUUAAGAGUUUUUAUAAGGGUUUCCUCUGACCGAAAGCAAUUUUGCACACCUAGGGGACAUGUUAUUAAUGAGGUUUACCAUUGGUGGACUGGGGGUAUUCUCAACCACUCUUGUAGAAAAGAACUUUUUAAAACUACUGAAAUGUCUCUGGGGAUGAUAAGCGACUAGCAACCCUUCUCCCUAGAAUGUCCCAAACAUGUUCUGUUCGUAUCUGGGGACCAUGUUGGCCAAUCCAUUCGACGGAUUCCAUCGUCAGAAACUCUCCACUAGCUGAGAGUCAUGUAGCUGAGAGUCCGGGUUAUCCUCCAUGAGAAUGAAUUCGUCCCCGAUUGCUGCAGCGUGAAGAACUACAACAGAUCUGGGAAUCUCACCUCUAUAUCGCUGAGCGGUUAGUGCUACGUUCCUCAUAAUGCGCAGGUCUCGGCGGCCAUUGAUACAAAUACCAGGCCAGACCAUCAUUUCGCCUCGCCAGAUCGGAACCUUCAUGCACAUACAGGAGCAUUUCGUUUACCAGUCUGUCUGAAAAUGAGAAUCCGUCUGUUUUCAGAUUAUACACUAAAGCGAAACUCGUCCGUGAAUAGCAUAUUGCUCCAUACAUCUCGUCCCAAUCCGAUAUGCUUCUAUGUCCAACUACUGCGGGCAGCAAGGUGGUCUUGUGUCAGAGAAAUACAAACCACAAGUCUGCAAGUAUGCAAACUCAGAUAGUGAAGUCGAAACUUUGGUACCGGUAGCCUUCUGAAGGUGCUACUGCAAGAAAAUAGCAUUCAUAGCGCAGUUUCUUCUGGCCGUUAGUGUUAAAUAUCGAUCUUCAUUUUGUGUGGUUGCAGGUGUACGAUUUUGUUGCGAUCUUCGGAGGACAUUUCCAAUUUACAAAAAUCGGUUCCUUAGUCUGGAAAUGAUUCUUUGAUAAACUCCUAACGCUUCUGCUACGACGGAUAGCGCUUGACUCGCCUCUAAACGACUGAUGGCCCUCUAGGCUACUGAUACAGUUAAAUCAACUUACUGAAACAUCUUAUUCACUGUUAUAAAACAUUCAACGUAUGUCAAUUGUUUUUAAUCUCCUUUUCUAGAAGGAAUGCUGUAGGUCGCUUUUGACUCCUUAUUUAAACGCGUAGUUGACGACAUCACAGACCAAAUUGCAUACUCCCAACUUCGUAAACGUUAUAAUUUUCCUUUUUAACCUCUUCUAUUUAAUUUUUGUUAAAAAGUUGGCGAUUUUAUGGUUAUUUCAUACCAAACUCACAAUAUCCUUUAAUUGUUUUGAGCAGUGUAUUAAGUGUUAUUAAUAUAUAUUUGAAGUGAAACAAAAUCUUUAUUAUUAAUAUUAUGUAAAAUUAUGAUUUUUUCAUAUUUUUCAAAUUUUGUUGUUUAUUAGUUGAGCAAAUACUAAAAUUAAGGAACAAAAUAGCUAAAGAAUGUGGACUAAUUAAAAAAAUGCCUAACAAGGCCAACUCCAUUUCGUAAUAUCACCGCAAUUAGUUUUACGUUCUCUUUAGGGGUGUUCCUUUCUAUAUUUACACAUCAUAACACGCUUACACUAUGAUCAUAAUGUUUCUGGAUAGUAAUAUCGUCUGCAAUCUGGCUUGAAGAUGCUCUACCCCCAUGACAAAAAGUAAAAGUCUGAUUAGAAAUACAGCCGAAGCAGUACCCCUUUCGUUAGACGAUUUCAAGUAUACUUAUUUUGCGAGAUCAGAGAGACCAAGGUCAGUAGACAGGCAAGAUCUUCCCAGCAUUAUAGUUCAAUGACUUCAUUCACUAAGAAAAUUCGGGAAAACUAAAACAGUUCCCCAAAGCAGUAGUUACUUUGAAGCGGACUGUAAGACAGUGAUAUCACAUGAUUAAACAUUUCUUGUGAGGAAGAUCAAACCUACUGGUAUAGUAUCUUAGAAAAACACCACGGAAUUCUAGUUGAAAAUGUUUUUCGGAAACGUAUUUGACAGAUAGAAACUUUUUUACUUGAUGAUUACAGACAAUAUGGGGUUUUGCUGCUAGGUUGGAGAUGACUGAAAUAAGAUAUUUUUCGCUCAGGACCUCAGCAAUGAAGGAAUGAGAAUGCAUUGCUUUAUCAUUGCAGUGCACCAGGUCAGAGCGCGUUUGCAAAUGCAUAAGCAUAAACAAAAUUUAUAGUGGUAUAUCAUCUUUGCUGUUUCACAGAUGUGGUAUUUUAUGAUUUCUUUUUUCCUCCGCGCUGACAUCCUAACUGAAGUAUCACCAUUUUAAAUCCAUUAAGGAAAACUGAAUCGCUGAGGGUAACAGAUUCACUUCUAUUAAAAUUCUUCCAAACAGAUUGCAAAUGUGAUGCACACGCUGUGAUGAAUGAGCAACAAUAGCAAGUAUAAUUUCGUAUGUUUUGUUUUAAUUCUAAUCGCUAGUCAAUUUCCUAAUCUGCCAGGUGAAUUUUUGUUCUAACUACCGGUGUCAGAACACUAUAUUAAUAUAGCAAAAAUAAAAACCACUGAACAUUUACUUCAGCUUGAAGUACAGAAUUAAAUGAAAGAACAGAAACUGACUUUCACUUGUAGCGUUCCUUUCUUUUAUUUAUUAACUAAGUGUGGAGGAACAUAGUGAACUACUAAGCGAAUAAUUGAUUAAAUUCAGAAAUAAUUCAGAAAUUUCUCAAGACGUACAACAAAGCCUCCCUUUGGCCUUAAAAAAUAUAAGAAAUAAAAACUUAACUAAUGACUAAUUAAAGAGAUUUAGCCGAAACUAACACAAAUCUAAAUUAGUUGGCCCCCUAAAUAUCGAAUUAUCUAGCGAAGCUAUCUAUGGCACGUAAUACAGACGAGCGUAGUAACAGCUUAGAGGAACAUAGUCACAAGGCAAACGCACGCUAUUCAGAAAUUCUGAUUCUCUCUCUUCGAAGUCAAUGGAACUUCGACUUAAAUACCACUCCUUCUCAUUUGCAUUUAAUGUGAUUCUGAAAACUCAUUCUGGUAAGGAAUUGUAAGCUGAAAUUAGAAGAGCUAGGAAUGCAUAAACUUAAAAAUGACUGUUAUUAAACGUAGGAUAAACCUUACACACUUUUCGUGGGAAUAAAAGACGAUACCGAAUUCUGUUAUUUAUAGUACUGAAGCUUUAGUUAUAUCUUAGCUCUUUGCUUGUUUAAUUAAACGACUUAUUAUUUUAAUAAUCAUAGGAAAGAUGAAAUUACCAACACAAAGCAAUGUCGUUCAAGUCAGGGAAAAACAGAAAAAUUUCUAUAUAGCUGGAUGGCGUUGCCAAUCCUAAUUCUCUUAAAUAUAAUUUUUAUCCUACCAAAAACUCCACUUAUAACAUAUUCGGUGGACUUUUGGAUUAUAGGAUGCAUUUCAACAUAAAUAAAUUAUGUAAUUAAAAUAGACCUUGGAGACUUUCGGAAUUGAGUUGGCCUUGUCAGUUACAGACUAACAUUGACUUAGUCUUUGAUAUUUGACGAAAGUUAAUGUAACAACCUAAAAUAAUAAAUAAAUAUGUGAAAACAAAUAUGUAUAUUCUGUAUUAUUUACAUAAAAAAUUAAUUUUCAGUGAAAAAAAAUUUUUCUGAUUCAACGAAAUGCUGCUAAGUAUUAUCAUAGUUUUAAAACGUUCUGCCCAACAUAUCUAAUUUUUUGCAAUGAUAUGUAAUGAUGUUUUACGAUACAGCACCAGUAGGAGUACAAAUAAUACUUGUCUGUUUUCUAUUGCAAAAUAUCAACCGUAUAUGUAUGCUUCUUCCACUGCUAUUACUAAACAUUCAGUAUUCAAUUUCUGUGAAAAUGUUUGUAAUAUUUAACUGAUUAAGAUAUCCUGUGAAAUGCCGCAUAGAUCCUGUAUGCUAAAAAUUAUUUUGCUGUUAGAGAGUUUUAAAGAACACUAAUGGUGCCAUAAAUACUCACUAAAUGUUAAUAGUAGUUAUUAUUCUUGAUUUUUACGUAGAAAUAGAAUUCUAUUCUAUAAAGCUGAUGUAUUAUUAUUCGUAAAACUUCUAUUUAUUCAAUAUAUUUUAUCUGCAUUUGAAAACCUGGUAUUAUGAAUUGCUGUAAAAUAUUGUGACUAUACAAACAAUAAUAUUUUGUGUUUAUGGAAAUAAUAAAGACAUUUUUA